UCCGUCGUCCACAAUGGCGCUGCUGGUCCUGGGCUUCAUCCUCCCUGGAGCGGCCCAGAUGCCCUCUGGGAUCCCCAUCCAGCCGGGCUUCGACUACAAGAAGCUGGAGGGGUUGUGGCAGCGGCUGGCCCUUGUGGCCCAAGGGCAGGAGCCCAUCAUCCUGGGCACCGAGAUCCAGGUCUUCCCUUUGCGCAAAGGAGACCUCUCUGUUGGGAGGAACAUCGUGGUGAGGCUCACCUGCCGCUUCAUCGAUUUCCGAUAUCGAAACACUGGCCGUUCCGGAGUAUUCAAUGUCUUCCAUACCAAUGGGGACCUGAGCACCGUCCAUGUGGUGGAUACCGACUACAGCGACUACCUGGUGCUCCAUACAGAGAUGGCCGGCGAAUGCUCUCUAUCCCUCUAUGCCAGGGGAACAGAAAUGUCGGACCGGAUGAAGAAGAAAUUUGAGGAUUACGUCCGUUCUUUGGGAUUCUCUAAAGCGGAUAUCAAGUACCAAGGGAAAGAUGAUCAAUGCCCUCUUUCUCAGCCUACUUUGGAAAACCAUCCAUGAUAAAGCAAGGAGUUGUUUUACAUCCUGAAGAACUAUCUAGAGAUGUAAUGCAAAGAAUGAAAGCAAAAGAUGAAAUUGGGAUCAUUGGGGGGUAUCUGCACUGCAAAACUGAUGCAAUUUGUCACCACUUUUAACUCUUUCUUUUCCGAAUUCCCGUAUCAUUUAUAUUUUCCCCACAAUUAAAGCAAAAAUAAUUAGGACGAAAAUGUAAUUAAAAUUUGCAAUGA